AACCCUAAUUUCUACACUCUCAGCCAAAAACCCUAGCCCCCCUCAUUUUCUCCCCAACCACCGCGAAAAUGGCUGCCGCCGCUCGCCCUCUCGUCACCGUUCAAUCCCUGGAGAACGAUAUGGCCACCGACGGAGGUGCCGCCGCCAACUCCCUGCCCCUUCCAGAUGUGAUGAAGGCGUCCAUCCGCCCCGACCUCGUCACCUUCGUGCAGAGCCAAAUCUCAAACAACUCCCGCCAGCCCUACGCCGUCUCGAAGAAGGCCGGCCACCAGACCUCCGCCGAGUCCUGGGGUACCGGUCGCGCCGUUUCUCGUAUCCCCCGUGUUCCCGGCGGCGGUACCCACCGCGCCGGGCAGGGAGCCUUCGGGAACAUGUGUCGCGGCGGUAGGAUGUUCGCGCCUACCAAAAUCUGGCGCCGCUGGCAUAGGGCCGUCAACGUCACCCAGAAGCGCCACGCGAUCGUCUCCGCGAUCUCCGCCUCCGCCGUGCCUUCUCUGGUGAUGGCGCGUGGACACAAGAUCGAUGAAGUUCCCGAAUUGCCCCUAGUCAUCUCCGAUUCAGCUGAGGGAGUCGAAAAAACCAACGCCGCCCUAAAAGUACUGAAGCAAAUUGGAGCAUUCCAGGAUGCCGAGAAGGCUAAAAACAGCCAGGCCAUCCGUGCCGGAAAGGGGAAAAUGCGCAACCGUCGCUACAUUUCACGAAAAGGCCCCCUUGUCGUUUACGGAACCGAAGGUGCAAAGCUCGUCAAGGCUUUCCGCAACAUUCCCGGCGUCGAACUCGCUCACGUCUCUCGACUCAACCUUCUGAAGCUCGCUCCCGGAGGUCACCUUGGAAGGUUCAUCAUCUGGACCAAAUCUGCUUUCGAGAAAUUGGACGAGAUCUACGGAACCUUCGAGAAGACGUCCGAGAAGAAGAAGGGAUACGUCUUGCCGAGGACCAAGAUGGUCAAUGCUGACCUGGCGAGGAUCAUCAACUCCGACGAGGUGCAGUCUGUGGUGAGGCCGAUCAAGAAGGAGGUGAAGAGAGCUACAUUGAAGAAGAACCCACUGAAGAACUUGAAUGUGAUGUUGAAGCUCAACCCGUAUGCCAAGGCUGCGAAGAGGAUGGCGCUCUUGGCCGAGGCCGAGAGGAUCAAGGCUAAGAAGGAGAAGCUUGACAAGAAGAGGAAACCAAUCACUAAGGAGGAGGCAACAGCGAUCCAUGGAGCUAGCAAGUCGUGGUACAAGACAAUGAUCUCAGAUUCUGACUACACUGAAUUCGACAAUUUCACAAAGUGGUUGGGCGUUUCCGAGUGAUUCAUCUUCUCUUUUUUUCAACGUCUUUUAAAACAUAUAUGUUUUCUGUACUCUCUUUUUUUUCUUCUUUUUUUUCGCUUGAGAUUUGAAGUAAUGAUUGAGAUCUUAAUAUCUUUUUGGUUAGUUUGAGGAAUUUUGUUUAGACAUUUUUUUUGAAUUACAUGUUAUGCUACCAUGAAAUGUUUAUGUUAGUGGUUCA